CUGGUGAAACAGAUGAAUAAGAAAGUAAAUUUAUACUCGUACAAUGAUUUUUUGAGGAAAAGAUUAUCUCUUCUGUCUCACUUUCCCACUACUUUCUUGUCCAAAGAAUAGCCCACUGACCGUGUAAUUUCUCAUACAUUUUGAGUAACGGUUUACCUUGGUUUACCUUUUCUUGGCGCUGUAGUUAUGCGGUUUGUGAUUAUGUGAAUUUGAUCCGUGGUGUUAAGUUAUUUGAGUUUAAGCACACAUCCUCAUUAUGCUCUUUUCAGAGCUCUGAAACCAAAAAUGGGUGUUGAUUUUGAUGUGGCAGAGUUCUGCCGCAAAUUGCGGGCACAGGAAGGUCCAUACAAAUGUCCUAUGGAAAAAUGUGGGAAAGUGUACCAAAGCAUUGUAGGAAUGAACUAUCAUCUACAUAAAUAUGACCAUGAUAAUCCAUUAAAUGAAGAGGGUACACCAUCAAGUGUUGCUGGUCUAAAAACCCCUCAUCAAAAACUUACAACACCAAAACCAAGGAGCUCCAUAAAAUCAGGACGUAAAAAAAAGAGUGCACAUCGAGCUCCAUUGCUAAAAAAUGCAGUUGAUCAGCAGAUGAUUCAACCUGCUCAUGAAGGUUUAACUUAUGCCGAAGCCCAAAGGAUGGUUGAAUUUGAGGUACUUGGAAAGACUGCCCGUGUAGAAAUAACUGAACCACUCAAGUUCAUUAGUAAAGAAGAAUUUGAAGCAUCCCAAAGUAAAUUAGAUGAUAGUAUUAAGCAGGAAGAACUUUCAAGCACACCACACCGAAAGCUUACUCCUGGUGGAAAGAAAAGUAAAUUAUCUAAAACUGCUGCUGCUGCUGCUGCAGCUGCAGCUGCCUCUCAACAAGCUGAAAACCGAAUAACCUUACCUGAAGCCAGCUUCAAAAUUUUAAGCAAUUACAAUGUUUCUGAUGCACCACCUCGGCCCACACUGGCUUACAUUCGUUUCAUUGAGAAAUCUGCUGAAGAGUUAGAUGGAGAAGUGGAAUACGACAUGGAUGAAGAAGAUUCUGCUUGGUUGAGCAUCAUAAAUGAAAAACGGGCAGAGCAAAGCCUUACACCUGUACCUGUGGAUGCAUUUGAACUUUUGAUGGAUCGCUUGGAGAAGGAGUCAUACUUUAUGAUGCAAGUUAGUGGCAAGGGACCAGAUGGUGUUCCAAGUAUUAUAGAUGAUGAUGCUGUCUGUUGUAUUUGUAUGGAUGGUGAAUGUCAAAAUUCAAAUGUCAUACUGUUCUGUGAUAUGUGUAAUUUGGCAGUGCACCAAGACUGUUAUGGUGUACCCUACAUUCCUGAAGGUCAAUGGUUGUGCAGACGGUGUCUACAAUCUCCUUCUCGAGCAGUAGACUGUGUCUUGUGUCCAAAUAAUGGAGGUGCUUUCAAGCAAACUGACCGGGGACACUGGGCCCAUGUUGUUUGUGCUCUGUGGAUUCCUGAAGUUCGUUUUGCCAACACUGUUUUUCUAGAACCUAUUGAUAGCAUAGAAACUAUCCCCUCUGCAAGAUGGAAGUUGACCUGCUACAUCUGUAAGCAGAGAGGUGUUGGGGCCUGUAUUCAGUGUCACAAAACAAAUUGCUAUGCCGCAUUCCAUGUGACAUGUGCCCAACAAGCAGGCCUCUACAUGAAAAUGGAUACAGUUCGAGACUCAGAGCCUGGCCCUAUAAUGGUCCAAAAAACAGCAUUCUGUGAUAACCAUACUCCGCCAGAUGCAGAGCCUAGGCCGAAAAUUAACAGCAGAACUGGUGGUGGUAUUUUAGCCAUGUCACCCCCAGGAGAAGGUUCCAGUCCCAGUGGAUCUAUGAAUUCUCCUGGCUCUCCUGAUGCACUAAGUGAUAAAAUGAAACAUGCAAGGCGAGUCCUUGCUAAGAGACGAUCAUGGGCUCCAAUCAUUAGUAUCCCGACUAUCCCUCCAGAAAGAAUACAAGAAAUUGCUACUCAUGUAGCUGUGCCGAAGAAAAAUCAGUUCAUCCAAAGAUUAAUUGCAUAUUGGACCUUGAAAAGGCAAUUCAGGAAUGGAGUACCGUUGCUUAGAAGAUUACAAAGCUCUCAUCUCCAGCGCCGUGAUGAAAGGAAAGGAGAAGCUGCUGAUUCCAGUGAUGCUGCGGAACUCUAUCGUCAGUUAAAAUAUUGGCAGUGCUUGAGACAAGAUUUAGAGCGGGCACGUUUGCUCUGUGAACUUGUCCGCAAACGUGAAAAAUUAAAAAAAGAAUUCAUUCGAGUUAAAGAACAAGAAACUUUAAUGAACCUGGCUCCACUUCAGAAUUUCAUGAGGAACUUGCUGGAUGCUAUUCAAGCCAGAGAUACUGGCAAUAUAUUUGGUGAACCUGUUGAUCAGAAUGAAGUUCCUGACUACUCUGAUGUUGUUAAAGAGCCAAUGGAUUUAUCAACAAUGCGUACAAAACUUGACAGCUAUGAAUACCAAACUUUAGAUGACUUUCAUCGUGACUUUAUGCUGAUGGUCUCUAACUGUCUUGCCUACAACUCCAAAGAAACAGUAUUCUACCGAGCUGGUGUGAAAAUGAGAGAUCAGGGUGGAGCUUUGAUAAGACAAGCAAGAAGAGACAUGGAAGCCAUUGGGUUUGAUACUGAAACUGGCCUGCUCUUGGACGAACCAGCACCUGGCCAGGGAACUGCCUCUCAAAAGCUAUUUGAAAGUAACUCAGUAAGUCAAUCAGGCAGUCAUGUUAAAUCUCGUUUAUCAGACAUUAGCUCUAGUGCUCCAGAUGAGCUAGCUGCUGAUAUUGAUAUGGAAUUGUCGAGGAUUCUCAAUGAAGGCAAAAACUGGAGCUUAGAAUACAAACUGGACAAAUUGCUAGAACUGAAAGACUUAGUAAAAGAUCUGAAGUCUCCAGUUGCUAGAAAUAAACGUCUGAAAUCAAUUAGAGUUGAAAUAGCCAAUGUUCGUAGGAAAAUGUCACUUCUUGCCUCAGGGAAAGUUCAAGGAAUGCGAAAAAAAUUGUUGAAGUCUGAUACAGAAGAAAGAACUGAUACUAAUACUGAACUAGAAGAGACAACUGAAGAUGAAGAGGAGUCCAAUGUUGUGGUGCCAGAAAAGACUGAACCUGAAGUAAAAAGAGGAAGGAAGCGGAAAGUGCGGGAAGAAAGUGAUGAAGAUAGUUCUUUCAAAGAAUCACAUAAGCAAGGAGUUAAUUCACAUCUUUCACCAGGAAAAGAAGGAUCCAGAUCUAGUACUGGAGGUAUUGCCACCACUCCACUUCGACAAGACCCAAAUGUCAGUAAUAGUGGUGGGAGUCAAACAUCAGCAUCUCCCUCUGGAGUGAAUAGAAGAACUGCUGUUCUUUUCACCCGUAAAGCAGCUUCAGUCCUCAAAAAACCUGAUACACCAGAGAAUUCUUCAAUACUGAACAAUGAUGCCAACCGUUCUACCUCUGGUAAAAGGCGUGGUGGAAGGCCUCGUAAAAACUUAGACUCUGCGUUGGGCAUUAACUCUGAAAAAAAUACUCCUAUCCAAACUAUGGGCAAUGUAGAUGAUCUCAUGCCUGCUCCCCCAGUGCCUUUCUCAGACAGUUUUCGACUUUAUAGGAAUAGUGGUGAUAAUGUUAAUGAAACUGAUGAUGACACCCAGUCAGAAACAUCAUGCUCCUCCUGUGUUUCCACUGGGGGUUCAACUGGUUCUUCAUGUAGUGAUGCUGAUGGUGAAGGAGAUGAGGAUGGUUAUGCAUCGUCUGUUGAUGUAACUGCUGUUGCUAGUUCAGGGGAUGAUGAAGAAGUUCACACCAAGCCAACUAAACCUGACAAGGGCUUGUUGCCUCCAUUGCAGCUUGUAUGGGCUAAAUGCCGCGGUUAUCCUUGGUACCCUGCUUUGAUUAUUGACCCAGACAUGCCUGCAGGAUACAUGCAUAAUGGUGUUCCUAUUCCUGCCCCACCUGAUGAUGUGUUAGCUUUGAAAAAUACCUGCAAAGAGCCAGUUCACCUUGUAUUGUUCUUUGAUGCCAAACGCACGUGGCAGUGGCUACCUAGAAAUAAACUGGAACGUCUAGGAGAAGACAAGAAGUUAGAUCAAGUCAAACUCACAGAAUCUCGGAAACCUGCAGACCGUAAGGCUGUGCGGAGAGCUUUCAAGGAUGCUAUUUUGCACCGUAUAGAAGUAACAGGAUCAGAGUUGAAAGGAAAUGCUAAAGCAGCCAUAGCUCUUUUGGAGGAAGAUGCUAGCUGAAAAUGUCAUCCUUUUUUUUGCUUUGCGAAGGUGCCAAGCAUAAAGGGGACCAAACAAUCCUACCUGACUGGCCAGUAAUUUUUAGUUUUACUUUUUUAAUGUUCAUUACUUAAAUUAGGAUCUGUUAAUUAAUUGAAGAAGAGUUGGUCUCAAAUACUUGAUUACUGAGAGACUUAAUCAGGCUGAACUAAUUCCCAUUGCAUACAGGGUGGGUGGUCCGAGCCGUCUUUUUUUUCUGCUCAUACUGUACUGGAUCAGCAGAAAAAAAAGAUGGCACGAAUCAUCCACCCUGUACUUAAGGAUAGUGACAAUUUCACAUUAAUUUAUGAAUAUCUGCUUCUCGGUGAACUUAUUUAUGAAUAGAAGAGAGUAAGUGUUUUGUUUCUUUAACUUCUACUUGUAUGCAUUCAAAGCAGUAUUGUUUUUGUUCAAUCAAUUUUUUGCAUUUGUGCCUUAGCAGAUUUUUAUGUUAGUUCCUACCAUCCAUAUCCAUCAUUGCCUUUUUUUCACAUGUUUUAUUUUCCUUGGGGUUAAAAGUCAAUGUUAGGACAGAUUAUCAACAUAUACAGUAAAACCCACUUAUAUCGGAUUUCAGGGGCCGGCCGGCAAAAUCCGAUAUAAGCGGGAAUCCGUUAUAAGCGUGAAUUGUCUAAUUAGGGUCAAAUAUGGGUUAUUUCAUCAAAAUUAACGUUUUUAGGCAUCAUUGAAUGAAUUCCAUUGAUUGUCCAUCAAUUCCAACAGAUAUUAACAAAUAAAUGCUGGAUAAUGUGACACAAUAGCAGAAUUAGCCAAGUAUUUUUGAGAAAAUGUACAUUUUGUGCCAAAUGUGUCAUAGGUUUGUGUCUGAAGUGAAGUACAUACAUAAUAGGUUUGAAUGAAAAAAUAACAGCUCUUAUGGAACAUGAAAAGAAAUUGUUAUUAAAGGAAGAAGUAUAAGUUCAAUCUACUUAUGAUGUAAUCAGAAAGUUACAAACCUAAUAGGAACAUAGAAUUAACUUUCUGAUUGCAUAACAAGUACAUUGUACUUAUACUCCUACCUUAAUAACAUUUUCUUUUCAUGUUCCAUAAGAGCUGUUAUUCUUUCAUUCAAACCUAUUAUGUAUGUACUUCACUUCAGACACAAACCUAUGACACAUUUGGCACAAAAUGUACAUUUUCUGUCAGUUUUUUCCUUAAAAAUCCGUUAUAUAUGGUCAAGGGACCGAAAAUUUCGUUCGAAAUAGGCGGGAAUCCGUUAUAAGCGGGUCCGUUAUAUGCGGGAAAAAUAGCAUUAGAAACAUAGGAAAAUUCAAGAGACCGGCCGAGAAAUCCGAUAUAAGCGGUAAUCCGUUAUAUGCGGGUCCGUUAUAAGUGGGUUUUACUGUACAGUGCCCUUGGAAAGAAUCGUCUCUCUGAAGCAGUUAUACAUUUAAACAUGACAUUGAUGUGUGCCUCAACAUACAUUGUUUUUAAUUACCUGUAUUUUGAAUUUGUUGGCGAUUUGAAUAGUGGUUUUAUGCCUAUUUUGUUCUUGAUCUGGUAAUUGUGGUUGAGUGGGAAGAUUGCGACGAUUCGCCCCAUUUUAGUUCCGAUUCUUGGUGAUAUCAAAGAACAGCAGGCCACCUUUUAGGUUCAAAAUUGACUGAAGAUGACUUUUAUUUGUGUCAUAUUCAUACCUGUGUAAAUGUUUCUUAUAUUAUUUAUUAUGUUUAGAAUUUCAGUCAUAGAAAACUAUUUUGUCCCUACCCCUUCCUGUAAUUAAUAAUUAAUUAAUUUGAUCAGGUUCCUUUUUUUAAAUACUGAGUGAGCUAAGUUAUAACUGAUUUUUGUGAUAGGUAGAAAUUAAUUCUCUUUGAUUGCUGUCAUAUUGUGGCAUGUAAAUCAGUUAUCCUGUUAAGUAUUUCAUCUGUGCCUUGUCAUUGCAUAUUCACAUAUGUGUAUGUGAUAUUGAGUGUGUCUUUGUGUUGGAGAAAUUGUCUAAACUAUGCCAGUUACCUUAAAAGUUUUCAUCUACCUACUUAAAUCAUUCCUAAACAGGUUUAUAAGUUCUAUUUUAUAUUUAAAAGAAAAUGUCUUUCCAUAAUUUUUUUUUUACACUUUAGUGGAAGAACAAAUUUUACAGUGUUGCCAUAUUUGCCAUUCGGCGUGGCCAAUAAAAAACAAAUCAUUUAUCAUUUCAAAUUAAAUCUCCUCAUUGUAAAUAUAUUUGUAUUUAUGUGCAAUCAUGUUAAAGAUAAACCAUCAUGUUUUUCAAAAGAGUCAUUAAAUAUGGAAUAUAGUACAA